AUGACACAGCCUCCAGGCUUCACUAGCCCAUCUCAUCCCACUCAUGUUUGUCUUUUAAGGAAGGCUCUCUAUGGUUUAAAGCAGGCUCCUCGCGCCUGGUAUUCUACCUUCUCCAGCUUUUUACUAUCGCAAGGUUUUCUUAAUAGUCAGUGUGACAAUUCCUUAUUCAUUCAAAGGACUUCUUCAACUGUUACUCUUCUUCUUGUAAAUGUUGAUGACAUUUUGGUUACUGGAAAUAGCUCUUCUCAUAUUCAAUCACUUCUUGCUCAAAUGCAUACUGCCUUUGCCAUGAAGGAGCUCGGGGAUAUUUCCUAUUUCUUGGGUAUAUCUAUACAAGCUUAUGGUGAUUCCUAUUUCUUAUCUCAACACAAAUAUGCUUCUGAUAUCCUCAUUAAAGCUGGUAUGACCACUUGCAAGCCCUACAAUUCCCCUAUGUCAAUUAAACCUUCUCUUGGUCCAGAUUCUGCUCUUCCAUUUAAUCAACCAGAGCUUUAUCGCAGUGUUGUUGGUGCACUUCAGUACCUUACGAUCACCCGGCCUGACUUAUCUUUCUCUGGUAACCAAGCUUGUAAACACAUGCAUGCUCCCACUAAUGCUCAUUUUGCUGCUGUCAAGCGACUGUUAAGAUUUGUCAAAGGGACUCUAGCUCAUGGGCGCACUUUCAGUCCUAGUUCUUUUGAACUUCAGGCCUUCUCCGACUCGAACUGGGCUGGUGAUGCUCUCGAUCGUCGCAGUUCUUCAGGCUACUGUGUGUAUCUUGGGUCAAACCUUAUUUCUUGGUCUGCUAAAAAGCAACCAACUAUUGCUGAUAUCUUCACAAAGCCUCUCUCAGUUUCACGAUUUCACUGCCUUCAAGCCAAGCUUCUGGUCUCUCCCUCUCCCAUUAGCUUGCCCGAGGGUGAUAAGGAUUCUAGUGCAGAAGCAACAGCCACAGCUUCAGCUUCAGCAGCAGCUUCUGAUAUGGCUACUUCAACAUUCAAGAACAGAGCUUCAACUGCAGUUCCAUAUAGUCAGUUAGGAAUUGGUUAG